AUGUCUUUCUCUAACACCAAUCAGCAGGGAGAUAGAUUAUCUACAGAAAAAUAUCAAUGUGCUCAGUGUGUCCUGUCGUUUUAUAAUUACCAGCAGCUUCAAAAUCAUAAGAGAGUUCACAGAGACGAUCAUAUAACAGUAGCUGUCAUUGAUCAGUUUAUUCUGCAUGAUGUUAAAAUACAACAUGAUGGAAACAGUAUCAUUGAUGACAAUGAAUUGGUUAGUGAUUCAGAUAAUAAUAAUCAAUAUUAUGCCAUGAACACAAUGGAAAUUGAUGAGAUCAUUUCAUACAAGUGCGGCUGUAGUUUUGAAGACAGUGAGGGUAAAGCUCAUGUUUAUAAUAGCAGUCAAAUCGGUGGAAAUACCUUUACAAAAGCCAAGCUGAUGAGUAUUCAUCUCUCUCAAUUGAUGCUUCAGCACAGAAUUUCCAGGGCAGCUUACAGAUACAUCGUCCAAUUUGUUAAUACUAUUAGCCAUGGCAAAACUGUCAAUGCUUUGCUUAAGUCCAAGUCAAGUGUCAAGGGCCAUGAGUAUGAUGUCUGUCCUAGUGGUUGCCAAUUUUAUGGGAUUAAUGACAAUCAAGAAUCGUGUAUUGACUGCAGCAAACUGCUAUACAAGACUGAUCCAGAGCAAAGUGAAACAUCAUCCACCAGUAUGAAGCUCAUGUCACUCACCAAUAUUUUCGAUGGUGACAGUUACAAGCAGUUAGUGCAGCAAGGUCUGUUCUCAAAUUCCGACGAUAUUGCCAUUGAGUUAUAUACUGAUAGUUUCAUUAACCAAAAAAAAGGCAAGAGUUCGUACAACAUUGUUCAUGCUGUUCUGGCAAUCUUGCCUGGUCCCAAGAAGCCUACCCACUUGGACACUUUCCUGACGCCAAUCAUCAUUGAAAUAAAAGAUCUUGAGGUGCAUGGCUUGGUAAUCAAGAGCAAUGGAGUUGAGGUUUGCUGUGCCAAGAUCCACUUGUUGCUUGCUUCUGGUGACAUUCCAGCUGUGGCUGACAUGGCGUACAUUGGCUCACAUGCCAGUUUGUUUGAUUUCCAAAUCUGCGAAACAAAGGGAAAAGCCCCAGACAACAGAUGGCACGAAAUGUACUUUGAAGAUAGUUCUGCUCCUUUGCGACCUUUGGAAGACUUCAAAACCAGCAAUCCUAUAAUUGCAAGAGGAAUUGGAAAGCACAUUUAUAACUUGAUCACUGUGUCCCUUACCAAGGAGACAAAUAUUUUUAUAUCCAUCCGGAUGAUACCCUCUCCACCACAUAAUACUCAUUCUUCAUACCAAGAACUAAUUGAUGGUACUUGCGUAGUUGAUUGGCUUGACUUUCUGUUGUACAUUGUUCUCACUCUUGUUGUUCCGUUCUUGCCAAACAGAGCUGUGAAAACUGCAGUGCUGUCACUUGUCAAAUGUUGUGCACUGACAUUGCAAUGGAUGUUGACUUCAGAGUUGUUGGAUGAGAUAGAUGUUAUCCAGAACGAAAUUGAUCUUAUUCAGCCCAAACCGUAUGGUAUAGAAAGUUAUAUGGAUCUUCCUAAUGAUCCUAGUGGUGCACAGUUGUGGGAGCCAUUUCAUCGAUUUGCUCAUUUGAACAAUGAUUUGGUGGAAGAUGUGACCAGCCCUAGUGUGAAGGAUGCCUUAACUAGAUACUAUCAACAAACUUCAGUUUCUUCAAAAUGCAUAAAGGUCACUAUUGGUGAUUCUACGAUUGUUGUUGCUAGUCAUUUAUGGAUGAAUUCAACUGUCAACCAUAACAUAAUUGCUUAUAGCUGGCUCGUUGGUGUGGCAAUAUUCUUCUUCCAGCUUGAGGAUUCCCUUGGCUCUCUUCGUUUCCUUGCUUUUGUUGACGUAAUGAAGGAACAUGACGCGGCUGCCCACGACUCAUCUGUACCAAUUGUUAAACAGCGGUCACAAAACAGCGCAACAGGUCGCUAA